AAUAUGGAAAAUAAAGUAACAGGAUCUUCAUAAGAAAUGAAAAAUAAAUGGAGUUUUAAUUGAGAUAUGGAUUUUAUUACGGAGUCUGAUGUUCGAAGUUUUCCACUCGACACUGGUGGAUCUAAUACUUCAAAAAUGUGAAAGAGCCAAAUGCGAUUUUGCCAAGAAAUGUGAUAUUGUUUUCAGAAUGGGUCACGUGAUUGAUUGUUUGACAGUGAGAGAAGUUGGAUUUCAUUGAUGGUUCAAGAUAGUGAUAUCAAUAAUGAUGAAUACUUGUACAAUUGAAAGUAUUUGGAUUGAUUAAAUAAAUGGAUAAUUGUAGCUCACUUAGCAGUGCUCUUUGAAAAUAAGGCUACACUUACUGUUGAGAAUGAUGUCAUUUUAAUGAUGGCAUUGUGAAAGUUGUUUUGAUAGGAUGACUUUUAAUUGAUAUAUGAAUCUGAUAUAUAAUUGGAGUGUGAUUUUCAAAUGAUAUUUCAUUGAUGAUUUAAUUGAUUCAAAUUUCAGUAACAUGUUUUGAACUUAAGUAAACAGUAAUUUCUGUGACAAACUUGUGUAACGAUAGCACUUUUAUUUGAAAAAUAUUUGAUUUUCACCAGUUUUGAAGGUAUAUUUGAAGUGUAAAGCUUAACCUUCAAUAGGCUUCCGUGUACUGAUCAUUAAUAGAAAUUUUGAUCCAAGCAAUCUUUUUAGCAAACAGGAUCAUUUAUGGACAAAUUUCAUCCGGUAUUUGAAAAUUAAUUAUUGAACACAAUCAAUAUCUUGAGAAUCGUUUGGCGACUGACGACCUUUUUGGGAAAUAAAUUACCAGUGAACUUCUGUAACUUCAAUGCUGUUAUAAAUAAUUGCAUUGUUUAUUAAAACUUUCUACUUAAGGUUGAAUGUUUCACAAAUAAAAGCAAUAUAAGAGAGAUUUGUGGACAUAAAAGUGAAAAUCUCUUGUCAUUUGUGAAUUUCAAAUCCGGGCGAAGUGCUUCUGGUUGGGCGUAAUGGGAGAGGACUUAAAGUUGUUAAGGGUUUGAUCUCUUUUCACUCCAUAUAUUUCGGGCUCCUCAUUAAAGUGCAUAUGAGGAAUUCAUUUGAAUAAUUUUAUUGACUUUCAAAGCUCUUAAAACGAAAGGUCUUGGGUUUUGCAAAUUUGAUAAUGUAAGAAAUAUAACAUUCUGUCGGUGUGCACCGAUCGAGUGAUAAGAGAAAUUAGAUGUAAAGAUGACAUACAGUGAUAUGAUGAAUAUCAUUUGAAUUCAUUUAGCUUUUUGAAUUCUUUUCGUAACAUUAUUUACAGUUAUGAAAUUAGAUCUGAGAUUGGAUUACAAUUAGUGAUAAGAAGUGUUUCCUUAUUGCUUAUUAUCAGAGAGAUUAUAUGUUUUAACAUUGAGAACUGACAAUGCUAAAAAGAAAAAAAUGAAAUCCACCAUAACUACAUUUUGGACGUGAAUAAGCUGGCUUCAGUUUGAUUAAAGUCUGACUCAUCACUGUGGAGGUUUGAACAAUUACAAAACUCUUUACAAUGGAGGAGAAACAAGGUGGGCCAAGCAAGAUUGAACAUCCAAAAUUGGAGAGAACUAACUCCAAUAGUCGGAUGAAGUUGGGACCCAAACUUCGGUUAAAAAUGGAGCGAACGGAUUCUUCGAGCAGCCUUGCUUCCUCAGUGAGAUCUGGGUCACCCAAGCCUAUGUCACCUAUGCCAUCAAAACAGAAGUUUACGUUUGCCUUCAUUGCCAAACAAGCUCUAGAUAAGAAGAGAAUUAAUGAAAGGGAGAAAGAAAAGUUGGAGCUGAAGUCACGCAUUACAGAACUCGAAGACUACCAGUCUAAAUAUGAGCAUGAACAACGAGAAAACCAGAUCCUUCAGAAUCGCCUCCAGGACCUCAUGGCCGGCCAGAGUGACGCCACGAAGAGCCUCAUGCGUACGAGUGAGACGUUGGAUCGACUACGCCUCGACCACAAGAAAAAGGUGGAACAGAUAGAGAAGAUGCAACGAGACCUUGGCUUCAAGGAUGACCGCAUACGUAAUCUUGAGAUCAGAGCAUCCGAAGUGGAGAAAGCAGAGCUAAUUCUUGAGACAACCAAACAGAACCUUGAAUCUUGCCAGAACCAGGUGAAAGUUCGAGAUGCUGAAAUCAAACGGCUACACCAAGAGGUGGACGACCUGAAUAGACAGAUUGAUGCGGACAACAAACGAAUAGAGGAGAUGGAAGAGAAAAUGGAAGAUAUGAAGGUGCAGGUCCGCCAUGAGAUCAUGAAGAACGAGAACAUUGAAAAGAAUCUGGAGACGAUACCACGCUUGAAGGACACAAUCAAGGAGUGUGAGGAUGAAAUAGGCAACUUUAAGAAACAUAUCAACGAUAAGAAUGCAUUACUGGCUGCAGCGAGGAAAACAGUCCGGGAAUACAAGGACACUAUCAGGCAAACGGAGCAUGAUGUAUCGCAGACCCAGCUUUUAAAAGAUGAUUUGGCAGUGAGUCAAUACGAGGUCCAGUCGCUAAAGCACCUCAUGUGCGGGAAAGACUACCUGGUCACACAGAGGACAAAAGCCCUGGACCUCUCCAAGGAGAUUAUCAGUGUGUUGAAUGACACAUUGGACGAUGAGCAGGUCCAGAGGAUUCAGCAUAUACUGGAUCGACUGAGCGGCACAGAGAUACCUUCGCUAGCAGGGUCCAGAUCUAUUGGUGUGUCAACUCCUGAUGGUGAUUUCCGCUCCGUGUCAGCACCACCGGGUCAAUAUCGGAGCUCCACACCAGGGCACAGAUCUGCCCACCACCGUGACAUCAACGUCAACCACCAACCAUAUGGGUACGAUGCAGACGGUAACCAAGUGGUCGUCAAUGGCAACAUGCAGAACGGGAACAGUCACCAUAGAUUUAUGCAUUCUGUGAUUGUGGAAAAUGAUGGAACAGACAAACGUAAAAGACCGGUGUCUGCUGCUCCUACUUCUGGAAGAAAAACGCCGGUAACGGUGCAUAAGACCUCCUCAUUCCGGGAGGCACAUAAAGUGUACACAAAACCGUUACCUAGGAAAUCGUUUGAUUAUGAUCGUUUAGAAAGUCCAAGGUACAAUCAUGUGUCCAACAAAACAGACCCUAGUAAUAAACAUCAGAGUAGCUCAAGUCCGAAAAUAAAACCCACCAUGGAUUAUAACCUCAUAGGUAUGGACGAUUCCGUGUCUUCGAGUGAAAGGUCGGGCACCACUGUUAACUCAACUAAUGCUAGACAGAAUGGGCAUAUCAGACUGCAUUCUACUACCACAACUACAGAGGUCGAGUCAAUUAGCUCGUCUGAUUCUGAUUGUGAGGAUGAGUUAACUGCAGACAGUGAGGCAACACUUCGGAGUAUGAAUGCUCGUGACAGGGACGUUCUUAUGGCAGAAGUUGUAAAUGUUGGUGACAGAGUGCUGAUCAGCUGUCCACAGAAACCUCCAAAAUAUGGCAAGAAAAGAGUGCUCAAGCCCAUAAACUACACAGGCAUUGUGAAGUUUGUUGGCAAAUUGAAUCCAGACAAAUAUGAUGCUCGUAUACAUGCAGGCAUUAGAAUGGACGAGCAGGUGGGUGACACAGAUGGGACUUACAAAGGGAAGCGACUGAUGUACACUCCAGGAGACCAGGGCAAAUUCUACAAACUGCGAGACCUGACUUCCGUGCUCAAUGUUAAGACUGGUCGCUAUGUACCGAUGAAGCGACUGAUUGGCUGCCAUCUGCACAGAAAGGUUAAAGAACAUCAGCGUGAUGCGCAUUGAUGACAGGUGGCAUAUAGUGGACACAGACCUUGUGCAGCGUCAUACCAAAUAUCAACUUUUUUUUAUUGAAACAUAAUUUAUAUGACAAACAUUCAUGAAAGAUGGCAUUUAGAUAAUAUUGUCUUUGUGAAGCAAUAUACCAAAUAACAAUCAAUCUUUCAUGGAUUAUAUCAUUAUUCGACAGAUAUUCAUGAUUUGCCUCAUUUUUGGAAAGCUCUGAACCAAAUAUCAACCAGUUCAACUUACGGAGUGUAUAUGUGAACAAAUGUGUUGAACAUAAAAUUUUAUGAAUUUUCAAAUUUAAUACUGAACACCAAUGUAUGAAAACACCAGACAAAAUAGAUUAGUGUUUAGAUUUAAAGGAAUAUGCAUGAAUAAGUGACGGAUGUUUAUAAACUGCGGCAUUUUGAGGGUGCAGACAUUUUUGAAAGAAACAUACAUAUAAUCCACUGACAAAGCAAUGUAGUAGCUAGAAUAAAUGUUCUAAUUGCAAAUUAUUCAUUUUGAUAACGCAUUUAUUACCAUUGAUUUCUAAAAGGAGUUAAUGUAAAAUUCAUUACUUGAAGAUCUGUUAACAUUGUAGUUAGAAAAUUGGCAGUUGUAUGUUUAAUCUGUUGAACACUUAUAUUAGCAGUUUAUUAUUCAAACAAUACAUGGUCUGUAUUAGCCUCAAGAAUUCUUUAAUAUUUUCUUAUUGUGAAACGGUACUUGUAAAUCUUCUUGUAUAUGUGAACUUAUUUCGGAGUGCUACAUCAUCUAGGUAGGUGUACUUUGUACAAGUUGAAAGGUAUAAUCAUAUCCAGGACACAGGUUUUAAUUUGUGAUCAAGAAAUACAGUAAUGGGUAAAUGAGUAAAUUCAUACAAGAGGAACAAUAAUGACAUCUCCAAUAUCAGGAGGAAGCAUUUAUGGCAGAGGCAACUGGUACAUGUGGAAAGAUAGUUUUCGCUAAAGACCAGUUCUGCAUGUCAUGUUUUGCAACCUCUCUGAAGACUUAUGUACACAAUUAUAUAAAUCAUGUACACUUAGAGGGCAACAGCAAACAGACUCUUCUGAAGCUGAAACUUAUUUACCUUACCAACUAAAUACAUGACAUUGUAUAAAUAACAAAGAACUGAUUUGAUCUGAAUCUUUUCCAUAUUGUUGAACUUCCAUUUUUGUAACUUUUUAUGAUGUAAAAAUGUGAGAAUGUAUUGUUUUAUUACAGGUUGUGAUAGACCUGUGUAUGCAUUAGAUAAGUCACUUUUGUUAUUGCAUUGUUGCAUCUGUUGUUAAACUGUGAUAAAAUUUUAAUUUAUAUUUGUCUUCUUAAUAAAAAAUAAUCCAGUUCAUGUUAUUAA